CAAUCAACAAUAAAACAACAACAAAUAACGCUCUUCGUUACAACCAAAGCUCUCUCUCUUUUUCCCUGUACACUAUAAAUACACUCAAAACUCUCUUUCUCUUUCUCUCUCACACUCAGAAAUAGACUCAUUUUGAAAUUGUCUAACAAACUUUGGUUUCGGUUCGUUUCGUUUCACAAUGGCAACUCCUCCUCCGAUCAAAUUGAAGCAAUCUCAAACCAACGCGACGGCGCAGACUCUAACGGCGGCGGCGUCUUCUUCCGCUUCACACGACACUGCACGGCUACUCGUCCGCGAAACGCUGCGUAUAAGCGCCAAUCUCGCUUCUUCGCCUUCGAUUCCGGCUGAGCCGCCGCUCUCUCUGGCCGAUUCGCCGGAGAGUCGGAGUUUGAAUCGGCGGAGGCUGGGGCUGGUGGAGGAAGAGUAUGUGAAUUCGAGCUUGAGGCUGAUUUGCUGCGAGGAAAUCGACGGUCGCAGAUGGAACUACGUGGCUGAAAAAGACGCGCUUUCUGGAACCUUCAAGAAGAACUCCAUUCGCGCCCUCACUUUGCACUCUCCGCAAGCUCCAGUUGAGGAUCUGAUGUCAUUUGUAAGAUCUUAUGUGGUUCCAGAAGGUUUCCCUGAUAGCGUUAUUCCUUCGUAUGUUCCGUAUAUGACAUGGAGAGCUUUGAAGCAUUUCUUUGGUGGAGCAAUGGGCGUUUUCACAACGCAAACGCUUUUGAGUUCAGUUGGAGUCUCUAGAAACCGAGCAACUCCUGGAGCUGUUGCUAUUAACUGGAUUCUCAAGGAUGGUGCUGGUCGUGUUGGAAAAAUGCUUUUUGCCCGUCAAGGAAAGAAGUUUGAUUAUGACUUAAAACAGCUACGAUUUACGGGUGAUCUCCUUAUGGAGUUGGGUGCUGGUGUGGAGCUGGCAACUGCAGCUGUGCCACACCUUUUUCUUCCUUUGGCUUGUGCUGCUAACGUUGUAAAGAAUGUGGCUGCUGUAACAUCAACAUCAACUCGUACACCAAUUUACAAAGCCUUUGCCAAAGGAGAAAACAUCGGGGAUGUAACUGCUAAAGGAGAAUGUGUUGGGAAUAUUGCAGAUCUGCUGGGAACUGGGAUGAGCAUAUUGAUCUCAAAAAGAAAUCCGUCCUUGUUUACUACGUUUGCCUUACUUUCAUGCGGAUAUGUCUUCAGCUCUUACCAAGAGGUUAAGUCUGUAGUAUUGCACACAUUGAACCGGGCAAGAUUCACUGUGGCAGUAGAUUCAUUCCUUAAGACAGGACGAGUCCCCUCAUUGCAGGAGGGUAACUUGAACGAAAAAAUAUUAAGUUUUCCAUGGUUGAAAGAUAAGCCUGUUGUUCUUGGACCAAGAUUUAAGGAUGCUUUUCAAGACCCAGGUGUAUAUCUUGCUGUAGAGCCUCUCUUUGAGAAAGAGAGAUAUAUUGUGACAUAUAAUCCAUCAAAAGGUAAAGUAUAUGCAUUGCUCAAAGAUCAGGCAAAGUCAGAUGACAUUCUAAAAGCGGCAUUCCAUGCUCACGUGCUUCUGCAUUUUGUACGAUCAUCAAAUGAGAGUCGAUCUAGUGCUCAGAAGCAGAGGGAUUAUAAUAACUAUUCCGAUAUUGUGUUGACAACUACUGAUCUUGAGGCUCAUAUAUCAGAGUCAUGUAAGAUGGUCUCAAAAUCAUAUGGGAUUUUCAAGAGCAAAGCUGCAGAGCAGGGGUGGAAGAUGUCAGAAUCACUUCUUAAUCCUGGCCGAGCUCGUCUAUGUGCAAGUGACAAAUCAGGAUGACAUGCUCAUACUUUUUCAUUGGUAUGCAAACUGGGCUUUGACUUAUAAGAUGCUUGACAAUGCCAAGUGCUCGUACUGCCUGUGACACUUAAAAAGUUCCGCAGACAGAAGAGGUCUGUGUGACAAAAAGAGCUAGCACUAGACCAAGGGGACCAUGGGAACCAUGGACUUAUGAAGAUGUUCAAUCUGUGUUACAGUGCAAAAAUACUUUGCAGAUUGCACCCUCUCUGCAUUAUGAAACACACUUGAAGAUGUUGUGGUGCCGUCUUGAGUUAUAAGGGAUGUGUUGUUAGGCAUGAAGUUGCAUACUAUAGUUGCACAUAGAAUUGGGUUGUUUUUCUCUCUCUUAUCAGCUCGGUUUUUUUUUAUGUUAUUGGGUUUUGAGUUUUUUUCUUUUCAUUUUUUGUUGUAUUCUUGUGUAGCAAUGUAUAUGUUUAUAGAAUACCUCGAGUUUUCUGUGUCAUAUCCAGUGCACAAAGCUCUCACUUCUAUUCCUGUCAAUCAAUAAAUUUUGAUUUGCUCA